GGUUUAUCCCCCUGCUCGAGCGCCGCUUUCGGGGCGAUUUUGGUAGCUAGCAUUUGUAGCGAGAGGGACGCGGGAGUGAACAAUGGCGAUGGAGAUCACUCAUCACCCGAUGCGAGAGUCCGUACUGAAGCAGAGGGUAGCCUCAGGCAAUUCCAAGAACAGAACUUGCCGCAGUAUUUGUUAUCCCUUUCUUUUGAGCUUGCCAACAACGAUAAGCCUUCUGAAUCCCGUCGGCUAGCUGGUAUUUUGCUUAAGAACUCUCUAGACGCCAAAGAGUCUGCCAGAAAAGAUGUUAUGGUGAAACAAUGGUUUGCGAUUGACGUUGCUCUUAAAUCCCAGAUCAAGGAACUGUUACUAAGAACCCUCGGUUCAUCUGCCCCAGAGGCGAGUCACACUUCAGCUCAGGUUAUUGCAAAGGUAGCCUCCAUUGAAAUUCCUCAGAAGCAGUGGCCUGAACUUGUUGGAUCACUGCUUACCAAUAUGACUCAGCAAGGCAGUCCCGCACACUUGAAGCAGUCAACCUUAGAGACUCUAGGCUAUGUCUGUGAAGAGAUAUCGCAUCAUGAUCUUGCGCAAGAUGAAGUGAAUUCUGUCCUCACAGCUGUUGUUCAAGGCAUGAACCAGACUGAAAACACUGCAGAAGUCCGCCUUGCAGCAACAAAGGCGCUGUUGAACGCCCUUGAUUUUUCCCAGACAAAUUUCGAGAAUGAAAUGGAGAGAACUUACAUCAUGAAGAUGGUAUGCGAGACGGCAUGCUCCAAGGAGGCAGGGAUCAGGCAAGCUGCUUUCGAGUGCCUUGUGUCCAUUGCGUCGACAUACUACGAGGUCUUGGAGCAAUACAUGGAAACACUCUUCCAGCUCACAUCAAAUGCUGUGAAGGGAGAUGAAGAGAGCGUCGCCCUCCAGGCAGUUGAGUUCUGGAGCACCAUCUGUGAUGAAGAGAUUGACCGUCAAGAAUAUGACAGUCCUGAUACUGGUGACUCAUCCCCUCCACACUCCUCUUUCAUAGAGAAGGCUCUUCCCCAUUUAGCUCCCAUGUUGCUAGAAACUCUGGAGAAGCAGGAAGAGGAUCAGGAUCAUGACGAUGAUGUCUGGAACAUAUCUAUGGCUGGCGGGACAUGCCUUGGCCUCGUUGCCAGAACGGUUGGAGACGGUAUAGUCCCUCUUGUGAUGCCUUUUGUUGAAACCAACAUAAGGAAGCCGAACUGGCGAAGCCGGGAGGCCGCCACUUAUGCUUUUGGCUCAAUUUUGGAGGGACCAACAAUUGACAAGCUUGCCCCGAUGGUUGCUGCCGGCUUGGAAUUUCUCCUGACCGCAACCAAGGAUGAGAAACAACCACGUCAGGGACACAACUGCUUGGACUCUGAGCCCCCAGACAGUGGCUUCUCUGUCAUAUCACCAGAGAACCUCCCUAGAAUUGUGAGUGUAUUACUGGAAUCGGUUAAAGAUGUGCCAAAUGUGGCCGAGAAGGCCUGUGGAGCGAUAUACAACCUUGCUCAGGGAUACGAAGACUCUGGUGCAAGUUCCUCACUUCUCUCUCCCUAUCUUACAGAGAUCAUCAAACAUCUGCUUGCAGCUGCUGAGCGUACAGAUGGGGCAGAGUCUAAGCUAAGAACUGCGGCAUAUGAAACCUUGAACGAGGUUGUCCGGUGUUCAAACCUUUCAGAGGCCUCGAACAUCAUAGGGCAGCUCCUCCCUGUCAUCAUGUCAAAAUUAGGUCAGACGAUGGACCUGCAGGUAGUAUCAACUGAGGACCGCGAGAAGCAAGCGGAACUCCAGGCUUCUCUGUGUGGUGUUCUCCAGGUCAUAAUCCAGAAGCUGAGCGACAAGGAGGAGACGAAACCCAUCAUAAUGCAGAACGCAGAUCAGAUCAUGUUGCUGUUCCUAAGAGUGUUUGGAUGCCACAGUUCAAGUGUCCACGAAGAAGCCAUGCUCGCAAUCGGCGCUCUUGCAUAUGCGACUGGAGCUGAGUUUGUGAAGUACAUGCCUGAGCUCUUCAAGUAUCUCCAGAUGGGGCUGCAGAAUUUUGGGGAAUACCAAGUCUGCUCAAUCACCGUAGGAGUGAUUGGUGACAUUUGCCGUGCCCUGGAUGAGAAAAUCCUACCUUUUUGUGAUCAGAUCAUGGCUCUGCUUCUCCAGAACCUCCAGAGUGACGCACUCCACAGAUCGGUGAAACCUCCGAUUUUUUCAUCCUUUGGAGACAUUGCUCUGGCGGUUGGUUCGAAUUUUGAGAGGUACGUUGGCCCAGCUCUUCAGAUCAUGCAAGGGGCUGCUCAGGUGUGUGCCCAGAUGGACACCCUCGACGAGGAGCUUAUGGACUACGCAAACCAACUCCGGAGAAGCAUCUUUGAGGCUUACUCUGGGAUACUUCAAGGGUUCAAGGAUGCGAAAUCCGAGCUCAUGAUGCCCUACGCUCAACAUCUCUUGCAGUUUGUUGAACUCGUAUCCAAGGAUUCUCUCAGGGAUGAGAGCGUGACGAAAGCCGCGGUUGCAGCAAUGGGCGAUCUUGCAGAUGUUGUGGGAGAGAAGACGAAGCCGUUGUUCAACAACUUCACUUUCUGUGGUGAGUUCCUCAAUGAGUGUCUCGAGUCAGAGGAUGAAGAUCUCAAGGUCACUGCUCGCUGGACUCAAGGAAUGAUCGCAAGACUCAUGCUCUCUUCGUAAUAAUAAGCAUCCAAGUCUCUCUCUCUUAAAAGUUAAAAAAAGAAUCAUUACGGGUCUUCUUUCCUCUUUCUCUCUAUCGAAUGAUGUGAAUAGAGCGGUUGAGGGGAUUUUGGGUGGUGGGAAAAAUAUAUUUUUAUUGCUCUCAGGCUGUGACUUAUUUUGUUUCUCCUGUACGACUCGAGGCAAACUUUUUUUUUUUUUUUGGUUAAUGCAUCAUCAUCCACUUAUCGGUGGUCGCUUUUGAAUCGACUGGAUCUGCAUUAUUUGUUUAGCUUCAGUUUUGCCGAGCAUUGAGCUGGAUUUGGAACAUGGUAAAUAGUAGUGGAACUUGCUG